UUGGUAGUACGGUAUUGUGUGUGAUCGCGUAGAGAAGUACCGCUCCUCUAUUAGUUAGUUUUAACUUAGUGGCGUAGUUAUAACGUAGCUAAACCCACUACUUUGCAAUUAUGAUCAUGGAUGCCGCUGCCACCGUGGAAAAUCCCGUGGGGUCCCCCGGGGAGGUGCCCAACGACCCAGGCAAAAUGUUCAUCGGUGGACUAAGCUGGCAAACUACAGCAGAGGGCCUGAGGGAGUAUUUCAGCAAAUUCGGAGAUAUUAACGAAGUCAUGGUGAUGAAGGACCCCACAACACGCCGAUCCAGAGGGUUCGGAUUUGUUACCUUCAGUGAUCCUUCGAGCGUAGAUAAGGUGUUGGCCCUCGCCACACACGAACUCGACGGUAAAAAGAUCGAUCCGAAAGUUGCCUUUCCCCGACGUGCUCAUCCAAAGAUGGUAACGCGGACGAAGAAGAUAUUUGUGGGUGGGCUGUCAGCGCCCACUACCUUGGAAGACGUCAAGAAUUACUUCGAGCAAUUUGGACGGAUAGAGGAUGCCAUGCUUAUGUUCGACAAACAGACCAACAGACAUAGAGGGUUUGGCUUCGUCACUUUCGAAAGCGAGGACGUAGUAGACAAAGUAUGCGAGAUUCAUUUUCACGAGAUCAAUAACAAGAUGGUGGAGUGCAAGAAGGCGCAGCCGAAGGAGGUGAUGUUACCGACGAGUGUGGGUCGUGGACGAGGAGGCGGGCGCGGGGGCUACGAUCUAGUUUGGUCGCUGGGAGCUCUCCCUGAUGGGAUCCAGGCAGCCGCAUAUGCCGCCUACGCAGGUCGCGGCUAUGCCAGCUACCCGAGCUUCGGGUUUCCUUACCCAGCAGGGCUGACGGCUGCCAUUCCGAUAAGAAAUGAGAAUCAUGGGCCAGGCAAGCCAAUCACGUGUACCUCCAAUACGGUUCCCCAUAUUCGCACCGUCCAUGUGUUGGCUCCCGGUUUCCCAGCGGGGUGUGGCUACUUCCCCUCAGCCACGGGCGCCUCCAUCACAGGUGUGUCCCCCCAGACUCCUACGCCCGCCGACGGAUUCAAAGCUGCUGCAUAUUAUGACUCCGGAGCCGUAGCCACCCCCACCCUCACCCCAACAGCGCCCAUCACACCCACAUUGACGGGAGAUGUGACCGAGGAUAUGUUACAUUACCACCUGCAGGCUGAACGCAUGGCGGCGGCAGGCACAUACUACGACUCCGGUGCCUUGGCUGCGGUCACCAUGAGCGGGUCAGCCGGAGACCAAAGGGCACAGCAGUCCAUCCAGGUCACCGCCGCCGCACCACCUGCCCCCCACACAAGGGCCGACCACAUCAAUUCUUCGCCCAUGCUCAGGACUACAGUAAUGAACAGCUUUCCCCAGGGAUAUGGCCCCCCUACGUCUCCAGCCACAGCUACUAACAGGGGCUUUGGUCCUGCAGGAUCUCCGGGUCCCAUGGAUGUGUUCUCUGCUGCCCCAGGGGAUACCGCUGUAGGAUACGUCCAGGCCGCCUCUCCACAACCCUCAUCCUUCCCAGUGGCCGUCAACAGGGGUCCCCUCAUAGCUGCUUAUGCCAAUGGAUAUCACUGAGGAAUAGAACUGAAUAAGCCGCGCAUCGCAGUAUAGUUGUCAAUAUAGACUGGCUGGGUGGUGAUUCUUCGAUUACUAUCGAGUAGGGUUCCUGUUUGGAAACUGCUGCUCCACCAACCAACGCUCGCCAUCUUUUUCACCAAAUCCCUGACAACACCCCACCACCAAAAACGGCACGGGUCUUCAUAACCAAGGUGGUUGGUUUGACUACUAUUUGUACCGCCACCACUACAACUACUACUACUACUUCUACUGCUACUACAUCACGACCACCACUGUCCUCUCCACCCACUUCUUCACAACAGCGGAAGUCCCCCUCCUCCCUCCCCAAGUCUUCUCGUGCGACUCGCCAACACUUCUCCGAUAAUUUUUCAUCUUCUUCUCUCCUACGAACUUCUCCGCGGAGGAGACGUCAGUGCAUCCACACACACACACACCACCACCACCACCACCGCCGCACCUUUUCUCAUCCCAGUUGCUUCCGGAUCUCCUUUCUCUGGAACGACAGAAAACGAAAGAAAGAAACCCACAAAAAAAAAGAUUAUCGCUUGAUGCGUCAAUGAUGUUUUAUAUAUCUGUGGCACGAAAUUAUCAUCAUUAUUCUUCGUGUCUUCAAACCCCACCCCCGCAUCGCCAGCCGCCUCAUUGCUCUUUGCUUCCUCCCCUGAGAUGGGAGGAAGGCUUUUUUUUUUUUUUUUAUUAAUUUUUUUUUUGAAGGGGGUGGAGGAUAAGUGCCGUUUCAAAGGCCUUCUGGAACUGUCCGAACACUUUAAAACUGGAGCACACUCCUCUCGUAAUUUUUUUUUUCCUCUCUCUCUUUGAAGCUCUCCAGCCUGUGAAAACCUUUGUGGUCCGGUCUAGGACAAGUAUCUGUGGCGGCGAAGAUGUCAAAUGCCGUGUUGCUUCGAGAUGAUAUUAUAUAUAUAAAUAUAAAAAACACAAAAAACUACAAAAAAAUAAGUAAACUAUGGAGUGCUCUUCUCUUUCUCCAAAUAUGAUAAGAAAAAGGGCUUCAGUACAUAAGCCUACUGAUGAUUCUUUUCCAUGGCAAAUUUGAAUAUAAUAUAAUAUAAAUAAAAUAAUAAUAAUAAUAAUAAUAAUAAUAAUUAAUAAUAAUAAUAAUAAAGCUUUACAGCAGUGGUCAAUGUACUCAACAUACUAUUGUUAUUAUUGCAUGUAAAAGUGAGUUGGAAGUUGGUAUCUCUAUAUAUAGACAACUGUGGCUAGCCAUUUAAGUUCGUGUACAUACAAAAGGUGUUGCAUCCGUUGAAAUAAUAUUGUUCUGGUUGCUUUACUAUAUUAUAUUAUAUGUGACGGGGUUAGUCAUUUUGAAUGGAUUGCAUUAGUGGAACAUAAAUAGUUGUAUGGCCGUCUUUUCCUCUCUUGAGUAUAUUCGGAAAAGGAAAGAUCUCUGAGCGGACCGCCAUCUUUUCAAACUAAGUAGAGUUUGAAAGUCAUGAAAAGGAGUAAGUUCAAAAUAACGGAUCUCGGCACUUUAAUACUAAUACUAAUAAUAUUAUUGAUUAACAUUAAUGAUAAUUCAUAAUUAUUAAUGAUAAUAAUAUUAAUAUACUCACGUUCACACCUCGUUAGGAAUAAUUAGAAAAAAUAAAAAUUUUAAAUGUACAGGGUAAAAGAAAAGGCUAUAGAAGCAGAGUAUUAUUACUAGAGGAAGAAAACCCAUAAAUAUUUCGAAGUUUUAUCGCAGGUGAAGAAGAAGAUCGAUUGAUUGAUUGAUUGAUACCUCUCUGUAGUAAUUGUGACGUGAUCAGCGAGUUUCGUCCUUAAGUCUCAAGUGCAUAAAGAGCCAUUCCUGGUAGUUAGGCCGCUCCUUCCUCUCCAACAGUGUAUAUGUGUACUAUACUGGAAGGUCGCUGUACAGUAUUCUUUUUAAAGGCGGCACUCGGUGGUCCAGUCACAAUGCCUCAUAACUGGCAUGACAGGGUAAGCUUAGGAGAAUUAUGUCUGAAUUUUCUCAACUAUGUUCAAAGGUGAAACCUCAUUAUUAUUGCGCUUUUUUGAACUUUGUUGUUUCUUCGAAUAAGGAGUAAAUAAGAGAUGAAGAAGUUAAUCAUGCAAAACAGAGGCUUUAUGAAUAAUAAAAAAAAAGUAUGUGUGUUAAAAACUAUUCCGAUGAAGGUCCUUGUACUUAUAAUUCUUAUUGAUUUCAUAUACUGUAUUAUACAUGAUGAUUUUUAUAAACAAAUUUAGAUGCGUAGGAUAUUAUUUGUAAUUUCGCAAUGCACUAUUUCUAGCAGUUCUCUCUCUCAUCUCAUCUGUAUUUUUUUCUAUUAGUCCUCUCGCUGGAGAGGAACUCGAUAGUUUGUGCGUAAAGUAAUAAUUAAUAAUAAUAAAAAGAAUGUUCUCACUCACCGUGAACUACUGAAUCUAUAUAGUUUGUAAUAGUCGCCUGCCUGUUUCAACUUUUUCUCCUGUAUGAAUAUAUUCAAAACAAUGAGUAAGUAAACUAAUUUUACAGCGUCGAGUUCAAAUAUUACCGAUUGGAUGAGAAGCUUGACGCCAUUGCACAGGUAUGUAAAUAACCCUUUACGGAGCCUAGAUUCUUAUUCUUCUUCUCCUUCUUCUUCUUCUUCUUCCUGCCAGAAGGUUGAUGUAGAAUCUCUCUCGCUUUGCCCGCGCAUGCGCACCAGUCGCAACCUCAAGUCGUCUAUGUCAUCACAAAACUUUUUGUUUUACAUUAAUUAAUUUUGUAUCCAGGUUCUUUCUAUCUCCUCUCAGUAGUGCCUCUAGAACGAUUGUCGGGAGAAACAAAGUUGAGAAAUAGCAUUGGGGGCUUCUUUCUUCUUCAGUUCGAACUGUAUGUCAAGGGUAGAAGGAAAUGAAGACAAAAUGAGGACUCUGUUUCAGUUUCUCGUUCAUGUUCAUUUCAAGUGAGUUUUUGUGGGCCCUUUUGGGGUUUCCUGAACCUUUUCCAAGCAGAGAAUGUUACUGUUUCUAGCUCGGAGAGCGGACGAAAUUCUACAUCAAGCGAACUGGUGAAAUUAUACGCCAAAAUACUUCACUAUAUUUUUGUAACAUCGUCAGACGACUGAUAUAGAGGAUAUACUGUGAAGCAAUAGACCAGGUUUAUAUAUAUAAUAUAUUAUAUAUCAACGCCGUGGGUGCGGGCUGCGGCCUCUCCCGACCUUGUAUGGGGAGUAGCUCUGGUUGUCAUUACUAGGUUUUCCUUUUCCCAAAAAGAAAGAUAAAAGAAUAAUUAAGAGACGACAAAAAGUUGACUAAAAGUUGAUCAUGUCUAUAAUUCCUCCGUUUUGUACUACGUUGCCAGGAUAACAGAUACGUUUGGACUUUUUUAUUUUAGUUGUUUGAGCCGCCCAUCUUUCAAAGGUGUGAGAAUUGAAUGUCUUUCAUAAUAGAGAAGUAGUAAGGUGGAUGCAGAUAGUUGUAUAACAUUUUAUUUUAAGGUUUGUAUUUAUAAGACCAGCUGAAGUAAUUCUUAAACGUCUUAGUUCGUAUGCAAACAAAUGUUAUUAUACAGUUUAAGUCCAGACCAGUAUAAGUGAUGACUAGUUUUUAUUAUUGAAGUAUAUCACACACAGACACACACACAAAUAUGCCGUGGCCACCCGCCGCCCCUCACACCAACCCCAACCCCCUACUAUAUGGUAAGACAACAAAAAUCAAAGUAAUUUCCUUUUUUGUAAAGAUGAAGAAAACUGCGUUCACUUUGAUAGACAGUAUGUGAUCUUCUGGAUGGUGGUUGUUAAUACUAAUAAUAAUAAAAUGUAGUAGAGAUUUAGAGAUUAUAAAUAUAAAUAUAAAUAUAUAUAUAUAUAUAAAGAGUCUAGGUAGAAAGAGAGAGAGAGACACAGACAGACACACACACACACGUAACGAGUCAUUUUAUCACCAGCCAUGAUACCGCACCGUUCCAGCUGGUUUUCAGCGGAAGCUGUUCAAAUAACGUCAUUAUGGCUGUGUCAUCAAAGCGUUAGAUAACGGUAGUAACUGUAAAAAAAAAAUAAAUAACUGAAGAGUCACCCUUCCCCGAAACCCUAAAAAACAACUCGAAAGAUUUUGAGAACCCGAAAAUUAUAUAAAGCGAGUUCGCCAUUGGACACAGGUCAUGUGAUGCUUAUUUAUUGUUAAUGCGAUGACGUCAGUGCGUGUGAGCUCUCGACUUCGUGUUUAUUACUGACUUCAAAACAAAAAGGUAAAGAAGGCCAGUGAGUUCCAUUGUACAUAGGAGAUUUUGGCCGGACUUGAAAAACGCCGACACGAGCCGCACAAAUGCUGACACCACCUGUUUUGUUGUCUACGAGAUUUUUUUUUUUAAACAUCAAAAAUACAACAUAAUCGCUCGAUUUUCGUUUAGAAGGUCAUUUGAACCUUGCAGGAUCCUUCUUUCGAAGAAGGAUUCUCGUCCUGUUCUCCACCACCAGACAAAAAUAUCUCCGUCACUUGUACAUCAAUCAUAUAUAUGGGUUGUGUUGAAUGAAAAAUGAAAACACUUUUUAUUAUAUUUUGAAAGUUUAUUAUUAUCAAUCUGCUGCCUAAUGGUAUAAUUAGAAUUUAUAAACAAAAGAGUAAGUAGUGUAUAGGAUGUGUUAUUAACUCUUCAUUAUUAUUGAAUAUGUUUUCUCAAAGUCUGAAGUCUAUCUAACGUUGGAGGUUUUCUAUGCAACUGUUGUUCUUAUGAUUAUUAUAAUUUUUAGUUAGACUUUAUAUUGGACCUGUAGCACCCGUAGUCCCCCCCAUCACUAUGUCAGAUUAUGUAAAUAGAAUAUUGUAAUAGUGGAAAUAUAGCCAGAUGAUUGAUUGAUUGAUUGGUCGAUAUAGAUCACGUCAAGAAUUUAUUAUGAAGCCCUUAUAUCGGGUUAGGUAACUGUUAGUUAGCUCGACGACCCCUCGGGAGGAAGACGCGAUAAUUAUUAUAGAUGCAAGUGUUGGUGUACAGGUUGCUGAUACGCUGAUGGACAAAAAAUAAUAAUUAAUAAUAAUUACUAAAUAAAUACAAUAGAAAAUAAUACAGAUUAUUGUAUAGGAAGGUAAUUCUAGAUUAUUUUUUCAUCUUGUUAAUGGAAAUAACAUAAAAAAAGAGAGAUUCUUUUCUUUGGCUGCCCCCAACCCUUGUGAAAGAUAGAAACAAAAACCUUUGUAUGUCUUCUAAGGUGUUGCAACACAGCCGCCGCCUGUACUGAGCGUCUGGCGUCUCUUGGACGCGAAUUGAGUUGUGGCUUGUGGCAGUUCAUGUACAUUAUAUACAUAAAUACAUAACAUAUAAAUAAAAAAUAUAUAUAUAUAAAUGCAUAUAUAUAUAUAAAUAAAUGUGACGGAGUGUGGGAAGGUUCACCGAUAGGAGGAAGUGUUGUCGCUUGCGCCAAUAAUAAAAAUGUUAGCAGUAAAAUGUUCGCCAUCUUGAGCGAACGGUAUAAUAAUGUUUUGUAAAAACGUCGACGACUUUUCCCCUCGGUAACGGUGCCCACGCUGCGUCCCCGUAUUCUUAUGUCUUGUAAAUUUUCUGAGAAUGUAAACUUAGGUUUAAGCUACUCAAAAAUAAAAAGGACUAUGAACAUGUUAUGGAAGCCAAUUUGAUCUUUUAAGUAGUUUAGCAUUGCAGGAGGAAAUAUUAUUGUUAACGAGUGUAAUAAUGUUCAUAGUCUUUUCCUCGCUGUUGUUAAUCCUUUAUACCGUAAGGUGGGUGAAUACUAUAUUUAAAGAAUAUUACUAGGAUAAUGUCAAAUAAUAACCACAUGUAUUUCUUGGCAGACUUGAGUUGUUUCCUAAUGAUAAAUGACACUGUCAGUUAUUUUCCUCUGUUGAUUAUUGAGUCAAAUAGAUCAUUCUGUAGACGCACUAGGACAGGGAGUGCCCUUUUGGCUGGACACCUUUUAAACCAGAUAUGGAAGUUCACACAAUUAAGGAGGUUGCUGCAUAUGUACGUACAUAUACAUAUAAUGUGCGAUAUGCUUUUAUACAUAUAUCAUGCACGUCUUAUAUGCUAUGUAUACGCAUUGCCAAUCGUGUGUGCACGUGAAAACGGGAAAAUAUGUUGGGAGUUCAGUCCUUUUUAAAAAAUACGAGCUGGUAAAUUAGGAUGACUAUGGUGUCCCAGGGAAAGAA